AUGAACUCCAAGUUCAGAAAGGGCUCCAAUUUGGUUGACCAUAAGCAGAGCUCAGUGGCUGUUGGAUUGAAAAUCCUUAUACAGGUCUCACAAGGGAACAAGUCAAAUAUCAUUGUGAAAUCUUCAUUAAGAUUGAGCCAGCCCAACCCUGAGUUCUCUUGCUUUCUCAAAACAUGUCACUUAUGCAACAAGGGGUUAAGCCUUGAGAAAGAGGUCUACAUGUACAGAGGUGAUCUAGGAUUUUGCAGCAUACAGUGCAGGAACAGACAGAUUGUGAUUGAUGAAAUGAGAGACUUAGAGGCUUCUACCAAGCAAAUGCUAGCAUCUUACAGGCGUGGCCAAAAUCGUUGCAGCAGCAAUACUAGAGUCGGCUUAGUGUCUUGGAAGAUGCAGCAACCUUUGGCCUUAGAUAUUUUCAUAGAUAUCAACGUUUUGGUAUAUGUGCAGCUUUGUCCAGUACCAGACUAA